UACAGUGUGUGAUGUCAUAGAUGAUGUCGUGAUGACAUCACAGGUGCUCCAUCGUCUGCAGUCUGAAACCUUCAAACAUCAGAAAGUCAGAGAGGAGGCGUUGCCGUGGUAACAGGCGACCACAGGCCUGCAGCAGAAUCUGAUUGGCCGUGUGCCCGGCUGCUGAACGUGGGAACGAGGCCGAGCUGUGACCUUUGACCUCUGAGGGUCUGAAUGUGUAACGUCUUUGUCUUCGAGUCGGGGUCGAAGGUCAAACCGUCUGUUUGUGUUUCUUAUUAACAACAGCAGAGGGGCGACAGUGAGGCCCGUGGACCCUCCAGGGGGCCUUCAAGACCUUCCAGGGGGCCUCCAAGGAGUUUCCAGCUGCUGAAAGGCAUCAUGGGAAAUGUAGUUAAUGUCCAACAUGACGUAAACAAAGCAGGAUGGAGUGUGUGUGUGUGUGUGUGUGUGUGUGUGUGUGUGUGUGUGUCUCCGUGGAGACGGUCAGUCGGAUCAGUUUAAUGUUUACAGACAAUGAGGAAGUGACCUCUGAGCUCAGGUGUUGUUGAGACUCAGACAGAAGCUGAAGCUGAAAGAAGUCGACCCGACGGAGAAGAACCUUCUGCGGAACACAACCAGAACCAGAACCGAUAAACGCCUGAAGAGAGAGAUGAAGCUGGAGGUGAAGAUCCAGCUGCUCAAGUUCUGCUCGCAAGUUCUGAACGCCAUCUUCCUGGCUCUGGGUCUCAGCGUGGCCGGCUGUGCAUUCUGGAUCCUGUUUGACAGUGGAAGCCUCCAGACUGUUCUGCCCUCAGUGGAGCUGCGUACAGUAGGGGCGGGGCUGUUGCUGAUUGGUGGCCUGGUGGUGCUGGUCAGUCUGAUUGGAUGUGUCGGAGCGGACAGAGAAAACAGAUUCCUGCUGGUGACAUACAUGGCUUUCCUCAUCGUCCUCGUCCUGGGUCAGCUGUUCGUCACUCUGCUGCUGCUCAUCAACAGAAACAAGAUUGAACAGAGUCUGGAUCAGACCGUGAAGCAGUUCGUCCUUCAGUAUGGACAGAGCAGUGACAGUCAGGACAGACUGAUGGACAACGUCCAGAUUAAGGGAAAGUGCUGUGGCAUUACAGACCCAUCUGAUUGGCUGCAGAACUCUCAUAUCCAGAGUCUGAACCUGACCAAUCCAGACGUACUUCCUUGUUCCUGUUUCAGCUCGUUUAAUCAAAGCUCCAACUCGUCCUGGUGUUCUGAGCUGCAGAGCUUCACGAGCCCGCAGUACGGACGAGGAAACAGCUCGUAUGACCAGGGCUGUAAUGAGACGUUCUAUGAUUGGCUGCAGGAGAACGCUCUGACGAUUGUCAGUAUGGACAUCAGCCUCAUUUUUAUUCAGGUGCUUCAGUUUGUCGUCAUGGUCUACCUGUACCAAGCGUUUGGAACAAAAGCUGCUCUGAAAAGAACUUCUCAGCUGUCCGACUCUGACCACGCCCACCUGGACUUGGACCAGCCUGAGCUCGACUACAGGGACCCUGAUGAUGGUUACAUAGACCCCACCCCCCCAGAACAUUACCAUGACUACCAAAAUCAUGUGGACCACACCCACCUGGCUUAUCACCAUGACAACCAGAGCCAGUAUUAAUGUACCUGUUGGUCCUACAGGUGUUUAGUGUUGAAUGAAUGAUGUGAUAUUUGAAUAAAUAAACAAGGAUUUAACAAA